GUGACGUUUGUUGACAGAGCAUCAACUUCCCAUGUCUUACUGUUUCCUGGCUAUAACUCCGUGAAGCCAUAACACAACUGACCACUACCAGGGAAUAUGAGUGUAUAUUCCGACUGUAAACGAUACAAGGACUCAGGCUUACAAUGCCCCUUGCUCCUGCAAACCAGUCCCAGUUGAUUCGGUCCAGUCAAAAGGACGAAUAUUACCAAACAUACCUGAGAAACAACGCCAACGAAGCUUUUCAGACGCUUGCUGGAUCUAAAAGAUGGCUGGACUGGAGGAAAGAGAUCGAGCUGCUGUCAGACCUAACAUACUAUGGUUUAACCACAUUCUCAGGUUACCAAACUCUGGGUGAGGAGUAUGUCAACAUCGUCCAGGUGGACACCAGUCAACGUCGUAUCCCCUCCCGGGUCAGACGAGGCCUCUUUGUCCUCUGCCAUGCCUUCCUGCCUUACCUGCUGGACAAGGUCCUGGUCUGUCUGGAAAACGAGCUGGAGGGCGGACAGGAGCACCGCAGCUGCGUCAGACGGCAACAGGCAGUGUCGGGGUCAUGGAGCCUGGAGUCGUGGCUGAGGAGAUGGAUGCAGAAGGCAGUGGGGCUGUUGUCAGAGCCCCAGAGGAGGGCGUACCUGCCGGCUGUGUUUGUCCUCCAGCAGAGCCUGACCCUCCUGCACCGACUCCACGUGGCUCUGUUCUACAUCAGCGGCUCCUUCUAUCACCUGUCCAAGAGGGCGGCCGGUAUCAGCUAUCUGCGUGUGUCGGGGGUGGGGAGUGAUGACGGGACCAUCAGGAGCAGCUACAGGCUGCUGGGAAUGGUGUCCUUCCUCCAGCUACUCAUCACUGUGUGUCUGCAGCUCAACAACUUCAGACAGAGACAGAGAGCAAGGCAGGAGUGGAAGACCUACAGGAACCUCACGGCCAGUCCUCAGCACAUACAGAGUUCAGGGUCCAGAGCUGCCCGCUGUAUCCUCUGUCUGGAGGAGAGGAGACACUCCACCUCCACUCCCUGUGGACACCUCUUCUGCUGGGAGUGCAUCACAGAGUGGUGCAACACCAAGGCAGAGUGCCCCCUGUGUCGGGAGAAGUUCCAGCCUCACAGACUAGUGUACCUGAGAAACUACAGCUAAAACCUCAGAGCGCACACUGCUGCUGGACUAUAGUGCAUUUGAAUACACAUGCAGGCAGGCUGCCCCUCAGGAACAUGUGAAGACAUUAACAAUAUUUUCCAGCAGUCCCACUGAACUUUGUGAAAACAUACUUGGCUUCUUUAAGAUAUACACACAACCUUUGUGUGCUUAUGAUUCUUUCUUUAAAGGGAUUACUCUGCCUUUUUUAGGGGAAGUUGUUAAUCUAGAUCUUUAUUUUGGAUUGUAUCAGUCCAAUCACAAAUACUGCAAUUCUGUUGAUUUAAUCACAACUUUAACAUAUGUUAAUAAAUAAAUGUGAACAAGGACAACAAGGCCUCAGUCGUAACAUUUACAGAUUACUGUUGUUUUCUGUCAUUAACAGCCUGUUGUAUGAAUGGAAGAUUGACAAUAAACAACAAGCAGUGAACACAA